GUGGAUGAAGAAGCCUCGAUGUGGAGUUCCCGAUCACCCCCACCUACGCCAUAGCCGGAGGAAAAAACGAUAUGCACUAACCGGACAAAAGUGGAGGCAGAAGCAUAUAACCUACAGUGUGCACAACUAUACCCCCAAGGUUGGAGAGAUUGAUACAAGGAGAGCCAUUCGUCAAGCAUUUGAUGUUUGGCAGAGAGUGACACCACUUACCUUUGAAGAGGUCCCAUACCAUGAAAUUAAAAAUGACAGAAAGGAGGCAGAUAUUAUGAUAUUUUUUGCUUCUGGUUUCCAUGGAGACAGUUCUCCGUUUGAUGGAGAAGGUGGAUUCCUAGCUCAUGCUUACUUUCCUGGACCAGGAAUAGGAGGAGAUACUCACUUUGAUUCAGAUGAGCCAUGGACCCUGGGAAAUUCUAAUCAUGAUGGGAAUGAUCUCUUUCUGGUUGCAGUCCAUGAGCUGGGACAUGCGCUGGGUCUGGAACACUCCAAUGAUCCCAGUGCUAUCAUGGCUCCUUUCUACCAGUACAUGGAAACACACAACUUCAAGCUGCCUCAGGAUGACCUCCAAGGAAUUCAGAAAAUCUAUG